AUGGGAAACAAAGUCAGUAACACAAGUAGGGAUCUCGACCGUAUCAAGAAAAAGCAACACCAAGGACAUGGUGAAAGCAAUUUAAGUAAACGGAAAUCCUCAAAGAACCCAGUGGCGGAACCCCAGAGCAUAGAUGCAAAUCCGUCAAAACACGGAAAAGGGGCAGAUCCAGUAGAAAAUAACAGAAAACCGGACACUCAGGAAGUGGAGACCUUAAAGACUACCACAGUCAAGAAAAGCCUCGUACAAAAGGAUAGAGCGCAAGCGAGAUCACGCAAG